AGAAGCCCUUGCUCCAAAAUAAACAAAACUCACGGCGACGCGAGCUUUCCUAAUAAACUUCCAAUAAAAUAAAUCAAUAAGGAGCGGCGGAAUCGACGAUCUCGCCGCCGGUGCUCGUUCCUCUGCUCGCCGCCGCAAAAAGGGGCUAGCUUCACCAUGGUGCUCGGCAACAUCGCCAUCCUCCUCGGCUCAGGGUAUCUAGGUACAAUUCUCACAAGCGACGAAGGGUCGAAAGUCCCAAUCCUUGGGGGCUUGCUUUCUGGCGCCGCCAAGUUUGUGAGCCAGGACGGUAAGGAGGCAUCGUCGAACAAUGAUCAACAUACUGCUCAGCUCAUGUCGCAGGUGGACCGUCUCAGAGAGGAUCUGCGACGGCAUCUAGGCUGCAGAGAGGUGACAGUUGUCACGACUAGAUCAUCAGGCCCCGGUGCUCUUACCAUAACUGCAGUUGUUGCUGCUGGUGUUAUCGGCUAUGCGUACAUAAGGUGGAAGGGCUGGAAAGUUUCAGAUUUCAUGUGGGUGACAAAGCGUGGUCUGUCUGAUGCUUGCAAUGUGGUUGGCAACCAACUAACUGAAGUUUCAGACAGUGUGCAUGUUGCCAAGAAACAUCUAUCUGGAAGAAUUGACCGUGUGGAUGCGAGUUUGGAUGAAGCACAAGAGAUCAUUGAAGGAACAAGGGAUGAGGUUGCAAUAAUCCAUGAGGACCUGAGCACGUUCCAGCGAGAGCUACAAGAAGUUAACCAUACAGUUCAAAUCUGGGGGUCAAGGCUUAGCAGUAUCGAAGACACCCAAGAUCGAACUGUGCGUGCAACCGAAGCUUUGGUUGGGUUCGGCCAACAAAUGGAACAUGACCAGAAUGCCAACAUUCGCCAGGUCUCGUCGUUCCUUCCAGCUCCAGGACCUUCAGAGCAAAAUAGCAAGAGGCAGCUGCCACCACCACCUCCUCUAGCCGUGCCAACAGUUCCGUCAGUGGCCAAAUCAAAGCCCACUGCAGAGGAAAGCCAGGAGAAGCACGGAGCCUCACCUGAAGCGAGCAUGAGGUGGAAGCUACCUGGCCUUAGCUUUCUAAGGACUUCAUCCAAUAUCUAGGGAUUUUUCUUUUGUACAAACCAUUAUCUGUACUUGACACAUGAUUGUGUGUGUGUAAAUAAGUAUUCUUCCUUCUUGCUGUGGUGAUCUGAUUAUACAUUGUGUCCAUGGUAGAAUAAUGAUUAAAUCGACUGAUGCGUUUAGGCAUGAGUGUACAUUCCUGUAUGGAUCCAGUUUUUACUACCUCAAUUCUCUUA